CCGAAAAUGAGUCUAUGUCUGCGUGAGAUACGAGUGCUUUUGGCGAGGGGCAUUCACCCCGACGUAGGCCAUGACAUUCCCCGCACACAAAAAUGACGGCGUUGUGUGUGUGUGUGCCAUCCAUGCCAUGCAGGCCCUGUCAGGCGAUGAGUUGGUCAGCCUGCUGGCUGACGAGUACGCCACGCGCUACCUCGAGGCCUUUGACAUCGAGCCAACACGGUCAGUAGCGAUGCGCAGCAGCUCGAUUGCAUCUCUCUCCCUUCCCUCCCCUCCCCUGUGACUGUCGUCAGCAAGAACAAAGGCCAUGUGCUCAAGGCCAUGCCGCUCUCCAGCUGCACCAUGCAGGCAUCGUGGGAGACGCAAGGGUAGCCAACCACACACACACACACAUACACACAGAAUGUCUCUCACACAAAAAGGCCCACCGACGCAGCCACUCAUUUUGUUGCUCUGCUGUGCGAUGCCCUGUCUUGCCUUACCUGCGCACAGCAUCACAGCCGCCGAUGCCAUUACCAUCCUUCUCCCCGUUGCCGGCCAGUCCGGCAUGGCGGCUGAUGACGCCACACAAGAGGACGAGAAAGCGGCCCCGCCAGCAGCAGCAGCUGCUGCCCGCUCCCUCAUCCGGUCAGCAAGUGCGAGAGGGUCACUGACCAGUGUCGCGGACAAGGGGGCUGGUGGGGCAGCAGUGGCAGCAGCCGGGGCGGGUGUCGCCGGUGUCAAGAAGCCCUCACGAGCCAAGGUCAUGGGGCUUGGCCAGGGGCACUAUUUGCCAUCGCCCGUCUACCUGGUUGGCGAGAUGAAACACACGCAGACUGAUGAGAUGGGCGGCAUCUGUCUGUCUCUCUGUGUCUCUGUCUGUCUGCACAGGAUGUGUCGCCGCCCCCGACUGCCCGUGUGGCGUCUAGUGGUGCGCGAGAGGACCGGCCGUCAUUCUUCGGCGUGGUCAGGGAGGCCGUGACCGACCAGCUGCCGCAGCACACACACAUCGACAUGCUCGGACACCGCAGCAGAGAUAAGGAGAGGAAGGCCUCGCAGGACGUCAGCCCACGACUGGUGUAAGUGAAUUCUGAGCCUUCAACUCAUCCUCCAUACUGACCAUGACUCUCCGACGAUCUCUCUCAGGGCCUUUUUCCAAGCGCUGCGUGACAUCCGUGCCGCAGCGGCGGCUCCUCACAUUUCCCAGGCCAACGCACAGCUCAAGACUCUCACCACCAAGCCGCCCAAGCGCGUCAUGACCAUGUCUCUGCACGACGACGACCGCACCUCCGCCACACAAGAUGACGAGAGCCACCAGGGCGCCUUGCUGCUGGGGGGCGAGGGCAUUCGGCGCGGCAAGGAGGCGCGGGAGACGACAGAGAGGGAGGAGGACGCCAUUGCGGCGGUGCAGGUGCUGCAUUGGAAGUUUCUUUCUCUGAGAGACGACACAGGGGGGAGGGAGCCUUCCCUCAGCGAUUGGGUGUUGGGGCUGCCCAAAGCCGUCAAGACGGCCCUGCUGACCCAGCCUCUUGACGUAUGCUCGCAAUGGAGACACUCACAAACACAGAGGCGAGACAUACACCGUGUGUGUGUGUGUAUGUGUGUGUGUGUAGGUGCCAGCGGCGCGUGUGCGUCAGGAGCUGGAUUAUCUGGUGUCUGAUCCAGGACGGCUGCCAAUGGACAAGCUCACGCUGAGGCCCGAGCGGCUCACCGUCGACGUCAAGGAACGAAUCGCCAAAAUUGUGAGUGAGCCUGCGCGUGCAGCCGAUACACGCACAAUCCAUUUACGCCAAUCCAUCCAUCCCCCUUUCUUGUGCUGCUCUCUUUCCUGCGGUAGCUGACGAGCGAUUCGUGUCUGCAGCUGAGCAUCUCCUUCGCCCAGUCCCUCAACUGGCACAUCGCGGCCCCACUCCUCGCAUCAACCCAGCCACUCAUCGAUGCCAUGGACGAUGCCACGGAUAUGCCCUCCGUGGCAGCGAUCAGCGAGGCCGACCGGCAAGCUCUCACGCUGUCGCUGCACACCACUUUUGCCGUGCUGAGGAAACAAUGCGCCGUAAGAAACACUACACACACACCUGUGGGUGCUAUGGUCAAGGAUGUCUGGUUGGCUGGUGACUGCAGGGGCUUCAUCCUAAGGGAUUGGGUAUGGGGUAUGCGAUGCCGCUGGUGACCCUGGUGGUGCGGGUGAUGGCCGAGUGCAUAUUCCAAAUCGCCUGUCCCAUCCUCACAGAGAAACACGCAAACCAACGGGUUAUCUCCAACUGAGCUGGCCAUUAGACAGGUCUGAUGUCUUGUGUGUGUCUGUGGAUAGCAUUUCCUGCGAUUUCUCAACCUCGAUUUCUAUGCCACUUUUGACCCCGAUCGCAGCUGCUCCAGGUGCCCAGGCACACACACACACAUAUAUAUGCGUGUCUCACUCCCUCCACCCACUAUGUCUCUGUGGACGUGUGCAGCUUCCCUGGCCUGGACAGCUGCCUGUCUGAGAUGGGUUCCCCGCCACAGCAGCCUCCCUUUGCCCCUACACUCACACGCGCCGUCAGAAUGCCAAAGGAGACUGCACGGACCAGACAGCAGAAGCUGAGAAUGAGGAAGCUACGGUGAGCCAAGGAGAGAGGGAGACAGGGAGCGACAACUUUUUCACUUGAUGGCAAGUUGAUGCGUGUGUUGGUCGGCCGACAGGACGAGCCCAUUGCUGCAUCAAGUGUUGGUGAGCGGCGCGUCGGCCACAGAUGCACACAAUGCAUCCACCGCUGAGACAUCGGCAGAGCAGCCGUCCCACCCGAUGUCGUCACCUCUUCCCCCCCUGCCCCUCCCCGCCCACCCGCCAUUCACUGUGCCCCACUUGGAGAGCUGUGCUGUCAAUACUACGAGCACCCUUGAGACACACAAGGUGGCGCCCUCCAGCAAGCCCCCGCCGCGAGAAGCGAUGCACCCGUCAUUGAGCCAGCGGAUCAAGGGGAAGAGGCUAAGAUAGAUGGAUAGAUGAAGACACGCUUUGUGUGAGAGUGUGUGGCAGGGGGAGAGGGAGGGGUCGAGAGGAGUUGAGGCGUUGCUGGGCGUAUUGGUCUUUGUACAGAAAUGGCGUGUGUGUGCAUAGACGUGCUGCAACGAUGUCUGAAUGAAAGUGGUGCAAUGGUCGAUCGUUGACCGAUCCGUCC